UAAAGAUGGCGGCAGAGGAACCUCAGCAGCAGAAGCAGGAGCCGCUGGGCAGCGACUCCGAAGGUGUUAACUGUCUAGUCUAUGAUGAAGCCAUUAUGGCUCAGCAAGACCAGAUUCAACAAGAGAUUGCUGUGCAGAAUCCUCUGGUGUCAGAGCGACUGGAACUCUCAGUUCUGUAUAACGAGUAUGCUGAGGAUGACAACAUCUACCAACAGAAGAACCUCCACAAAAAGUACUCCUACAUACGGAAGACCAGGCCCGACAGGAACUGCUUCUAUCCAGCGUUCGGCUUCUCCCACUUGGAGGCACUGCUCGAUGACAGCAAGGAACUGCAGCGGUUCAAAGCCAUGUCUGCCAAGAGUAAAGAGGACCUGGUGUCCCAGGGCUUCACUGAAUUCACAAUUGAGGACUUCCACAACACAUUCAUGGACCUUAUCGAGCAGGUGGAGAAGCAGACCUCAGUAGCUGACCUGCUGGCCUCCUUCAAUGACCAGAGCACAUCACACUACCUUGUGGUCUACCUGCGACUGCUCACCUCAGGCUACCUGCAGCGGAAGAGCAAGUUCUUCGAGCAUUUCAUAGAGGGUGGCCAGACUGUUAAGGAGUUCUGCCAGCAGGAGGUGGAACCCAUGUGCAAGGAGAGCGACCACAUCCACAUCAUCGCCCUGGCCCAGGCCCUCAGUGUGUCCAUCCAGGUGGAGUACAUGGACCGCGGCGAGGGCGGCACCACCAACCCACACGUCUUCCCUGAGGGCUCUGAGCCCAAGGUCUACCUGCUCUACCGACCUGGACACUACGAUAUCCUCUACAAAUGACCGGCUGGCCUACCGUGCCCUGCCUGCCUCCCCUGCCAGGCACUAGACAUGUACAGAGGGUUUUUUCUUUUCUUUUUUUUUUUC